CUCGUGUGGCAUCCCAACUAGUACUUUUGGGGAUUUUACAGCUGAUUACAUUUCUCCUAAUAUUGUGAAUAUUAUAGAAAAUUUAAGAAACUACCGAAAGUCCGGUUAUAACGAAAAGGAUACAAAUAUAAAAACAAUUGCUUUUGGCUCCUAGUUUAAUUUGUCCCAUGGAAAAUGCUAUCCGAUGACACUGUAGAUAACGACGAUGAUACAACUGUGAUUCAAGAAAAGCUUAUAAGAACUAAAGGAAAAUGUAAAAAUUUACGUCCUAAUGAUAUAUAUGUUGAAGUAAAAACAAGAAAUCGUUCCGGAAAAUGCAUGGGUGCGAAGCAAUCGCAGGUGCGGUUUCAAUAUUCAAUGGAGCGAAGUGACAGUGAGAAACCUUCAUUGUUUUCUAACACUAUUCAAAGUGAUAUAUGGUACCACAUUGCAGAUCAUAUUCCACCUGAAUAUGUUCAAACUUUCGCUUUAAUUUGCCGUCAAACGUCAGACCUUGUAAAUACGCGAAAGUUUUGGAAUAUGCUCUACAAAAAGUAUUGCUUGAAAUCGAAUGCUAACGACAAUUGGUUACUUGCACUGCCUGAUCAUUUGCAGUCACACAGCAUACGCGACUGUGAUAUGGCCACAACGCGUGUCCGUGUGAUAGAAUCACUAUUUUACACAUACACACCAUUAUCAGAACGUUUAAAACAAGGAUACUCACUAGACAAAAUGUUGGGAUAUACCUACGUGUCUUCUUGGCAUGAACAGGAGAAUUGUAUUUGGAUUAUGUGCUAUAAAUUUCUACAGAAAAAUAUAACUGAAAAGAGGGGAGUCAAAAAUUUAACUGAAUUAGUUUCAAUUGAUACCGAAACAGAUGACUGGGAGACAUUGGCGGAUAAUUCAUCGUGGUGUAAAAACCAGUACAAGAACUCGAAAGAGUACAUCAAUGAUGGAGUUAGUUUACUAGUAAUACGUUGCGAACGCUUCAUACCAUUCCCCAAUCAGUUACUUUAUGAGGGUGGAGGAUCGCGUGUAAUAUUGUUAGCCACUCGGCAAAUGCUUGCUAAAGAUAUGUGCGGCUUAAAUUUAGAAUUAGAUUUUGGAGACACUUCAAGUAAAAUUAUCACAACUGUGAAAUAUCCUCAAGUUACAAGUUGUAAGGCGUAUCCUUGGUGGCAUCCCGAUUUUCGUAAAUACGUAAAAGGAAAUGAAUUUCCUAAAAAGGCUACUUAGUAGUGCAAAUUUAAUUGUACAGUGUAUAUUACUUAACAUUUUUAUAAUAAAUAAAAGAAAAACUUUAAAUUUA